AAAGUGCUUGAUUUGACACGGAGUGACCCGUAGAUUCUGUUACUGGUGUGAGAGUGUGUGUGUGUGUGUGUGUAUUUUCCAUCAUGGCAUUGUUUUGGCUCAUUUGUUGACCAGCGGCGUUAAAUCUUCAAGUGUGUCUCAAUCUGCCAUCAAACAUCCCACACACUCAUGAUUCACGCCUGCACACACACUGCAGCCAAACAGCAGGAGUGUGUGUGUGUGUGUGUGUGUGUGUGUGUGUUGUGGGCUGAGCUCUGAGUCUCGAGUGUGUGUCAAAUAUUUACUGCAGCAGCCUGUUGAACUGUGAAGGAUGGAGAAACCCCGUCAGACAGAGACAGACAUGAUCUGGCGAUGGAAGAUGAAACGCUCAGUAUUUCCAUGUUGAAGUGUCUCUGGUUUCUGUUUCUCAGUGUUUGUCCUUCACGAGCUGAGGAGGAGAAGUGUGUGGCUCGUGUGUUUUGGGUGUUGAGUGUUUAAGCACACUCAACUCAACCGCUUCACCAUCUUAACCAGCAAAACCAUUUGAGCAGCUCUCUCAGCUCACAGCUGUCUGUGUACUCUCUCUGUCUGACUCCAGAUACGCCACAAACACACUCCCACACCUGUGAAGUCAUCCGUCUGAGUGUGUGUGUGUGUGUGUUAAUGGUGUGACGGUGGAAAGAGCUCGGGGGUGGAGGGUGUGAAGUGUUUAUAAGAGCUGGAGAAUCAUGAAAAACAACCAGAGACUGAAGCAGAAGAUCCACGGACAGAAUCAGCUCUUCAGACGGAUCUGCUGCAGUCAUGAGUGUCGCACUUCACUGUGUGUUUCUCUGUGUUUCUCUGGCGCUCGGCGCUUGUUAUGAUUCUCAGGAGAGCCGCGAGUCAUACGAGGUAUUUGUGAAUCCAUAUCAGGCGAACACUUUCAUGAGGAGUCCUCAAGAUCCCAUCUACAACCAGUACAUCUACAGGAGGAUGAAGUCUCCGGCCGAGCAGCGGGCCGAGAUCUGUGAGGAUUAUUCGCCGUGUCGUCUGUUUGCGCUGCGCUACGGAUCGCCGAUGGCCUAUCAAACGUACUUCGGCGCUCAGCAGCUCAAGCCACACCCACAUCAGCGCCGCUACUGAGCCCCGCCUCCACAUCUGCAGUCGACCAAUCAGCCUCUUCCUUUAAAUAAUGCCUUACAGACCAAUUAAACCCAGACACCUAUUUACACAUAUAUAAGAGCUUCUGAGUGUCACGGGUUUGUAUUAACCUCCUCUCGCUCUCUGACGACGGGCCGGUUUGCCCAGAUAUAAACACAACCGCGCUUCUGCUCACAUAUUCUCAAUUAAUCAAAGCUAAAAUCACGACAGCGCCUGUAUGUCUUGCGUUUCUUAAUAGAUGCAAAGAUGAGUUGUCCGAUGAAAACGUUUCCAGACAAGAAAUGAGUGUUUUAAUCUGGUCAGAUGUGUUCAUUUGUUAAUCACAAUUAAACUCCUGCAAACCUGAGCCGCUCUCUUCUUUCAUCUGCUGAUUAUUG